GAUGUUCAGAUGUUCACAGACAGGUACACACGAUACCGCCUCGUCGUCGUAUCGAUAACAUAAUUAUUUGUUUGAGUCGGUGCUGUGCUGUACCGUAGCGGAGUGUUUCAAUCCACAAAAUUAUAGAAUCCGUCUUCUUGUCGUAUAUUUCUAAAACAAAACAAAUAUUAAGCUAAGGAAUGAAAUAAAAUUAGACAAAAGUAUUGCGGAGUGCAAUGCGCUAGACGCGCCAGGAAAUUAAGAUUUGGUAAUCAUUGGGUUUAUUCUUGUGUUGUUUAGUUGUUUUUAGUUUUCAAGUUCUACACUCCAGUUCUCGGCAUGGCAAGUGAUGAGAAGAAGAUGGUGUCAUCAAGUAAGCCGGCCCUGCCUCCAAGCAGUGAAGAAAAUGGCAAUGUGUUUUCCAUGAUGUACAGAUUCUUCAAGAAGGUGUCGAUAGUCGGCGUGGUGUACCUGGUGGGGUACAUGCAAUGGAGCGUGGCGUGGCUGAUCGGGCCCGUUAUAUUGUCCGUACUGCGCGAUCAAUGGCGCAAGGAGAACGAAUACCGGCGCAACUUGGCCAAGGCCGCCGCCUCAUCCUCCGAGAAAGAUGUUGUUUUGGCUAAGCUUGACGACUUGCCGGCAUGGGUGUUCUUCCCGGACGUGGAACGCGCAGAAUGGCUGAAUAGGAUUCUACUGCAAGUAUGGCCAAAUGUGAACUCGUACGCUCGUAUUCUGCUGAAGGAGUCGAUCGAGCCCGCGGUGGCGGAGAGCCUGGCCAACUACAAGCUUUCCGGGUUUAAGUUCGAACGUAUGAUCCUCGGUACUAUUGCGCCGCGAGUUGGCGGUGUUAAAGUGUACGAUAAGAACUUGUCCAGGGAUGAAAUCAUCAUGGAUGUCGACUUGUUCUAUGCAGGUGACUGUGAUAUAUCCUUUGUUCUGCAACGCAUCCGUGGUGGAAUUAAGGAUCUUCAGAUCCAUGGUAUGGUGCGUAUUGUAAUGAAGCCCCUCAUCACCAAGAUGCCUUUAGUAGGAGGACUGCAGAUAUUCUUCCUGAACAACCCGUCCAUUGACUUCAACUUAGUCGGCGCCGCUGAUGUCCUUGAUAUGCCAGGAUUCAGUGACAUCCUUCGUCGUUGCAUUGUAGAGCAAGUGGCUAAGAUGAUGGUGUUGCCAAAUAAGUUACCAAUUAAAUUGAGUGAUGAAAUACCUACUGUUGACUUGCGGAUGCCUGAACCUGAGGGUGUGCUUCGUAUUCAUCUCGUCCAAGCUCAGAAUCUCAUGAAGAAAGAUAUGUCAAUGAUUGGUAAGGGUAAGUCAGAUCCGUACGCGAUCAUAACAGUGGGCGCCCAGCAAUGGAAGACAAAACACAUUGACAAUAACGUCAACCCACGAUGGGACUUCUGGUGCGAGGCGUUAAUAAGCUCAAGGAAGAGUCAAGUGCUGCAGUGCGAGCUCUGGGACUGGGACCCAGGCAUGGGCAUACAGAACGAUGAUUAUCUUGGCAGGUGUUCACUUGAUAUCUCACAAGUGGUGCGCUUCGGUCGCUUAGAUACGUGGCAAACCCUUCAACAAGCGAAACAUGGAAAGGUCGAAUUGCGUCUGUCAUGGCACCGCCUGUCCUCUGAUGUAUCGGAGCUUAGUCGCGCUAUAUCUGAGACCUUGCUGAUCAAGACCGGAGAACUAAGUUCUGCUGUCCUAUCCGUGUACAUCGAUUCGUGCAAGAAAUUGCCUAACGCGCGCACGCAGUCUCGGCCGGACCCGUACCUCACGGUGACUGUUGGCAAGAAGACGGAGACCAGUGCCGUGCAGAUGAGGACGGAUGACCCUGUCUACGAGAUUGGAUACUCCUUCCUCGUGCAGAACCCAGAGAUUGAUAACUUGGAGAUUAAGGUCUUAGACUCCAAAACAGGAGGUCAAUUGGGUCAGCUGACGUAUGGUAUCUCAUCUCUUCUGAAACAAAAGGAUCUGAGUAUGUUAACUCAGCCGCUUAUGCUGCAGAGGUCCGGCCCAGAGUCUAAGAUUAUCAUGUCUUUACAACUGAAGAUAUUGAAAGAGGCUAUAAAAGAGGAGGAUUACGAAGAAGAGCCCGUGGCUGAGGCACCGAAGGAGCCGUCGCCCGCCGUGACGCCGUCACCGCCCCCCGCCACCCCGCCCUCCCCUCCCGUCACCGUCGAUGAUCUAGACACGCACAAACCGGUCCCUCCACUAACUGACCCAGUCACUGUUCUCCCUGAACCUGUUCUUAGGAAUAUUGAAGAUGCUCUCCUAGACAGCAGUUCUCAGAAGUCUGUGCCUUUAGAACAUAUUGAAAAGGAAGUUGAUACACCUCAAGAAUAUCAGCCUCCUACUGGUCGCGAUUCACCGAAACUUGUUCAUAGAACCUCUUCGUUGACUACAUCUGCGGGAGAGGCGGGACUCGGGCGUAUACUUCUGUCACUUCGUUACAGCAUGCAAAACCAAACAUUGUUCGUCGUUGUUCACAAAAUUAUGCACAUACCUCUGAAGGACCCGACUAACGUGCCCGACCCGUACGUCAAGUUAUAUUUGUUACCAGGCCGCUCCAAAGAUUCGAAACGUAAAACCGUGGUGGUGAAGGACAGUUGUAUGCCGGAAUAUGACGAGCAGUUCGAGUGGGUGAUCCCGUUAGCGGAGCUGCACUCCAGACAGGUGGAGGUCACUGUCGCCACGCACAAAGGCUUCCUAGGCGGCAGCCCUGUUAUUGGACAGGUUGUUGUCCAUCUCAACCAGUACGACUUCCGCGAAGCAAAAACUAUGUGGUUUGACCUUAUGCCUGAGACAUCGCCUAGAGAUUAGAUGACAUACAAACUUAUUUUACAUAUUUUAUGAAAGUACUUAUGAAUCUAUUGUAUUUUGCAAAUUGCAAAAGCCAUAUUUGCUGAUCUGAUAAUUUCUGUCACAAUUAAUUUUGACAUGAAUGUUGUGCUAAAGCCUUUUCGUAAUUUCAUAUUUUAGGAAUAUAACCAAUGUUGAACUAUUAACAAAUAUAUGUAUUUUUACACUUGUUUACAUUGUUAUUAAAAGCUUUCAAUAUUUGUAUUUAACUGAUAAUAAUAUUUUUAACAUUGAGUAUUGUUGCUGAUGACGCGCUAAGUCAAACUAAUUAAGUGAGUAAACUUAUGAAAUAUACAGAGCAUUUACAUCGAGUCGCAUAUUAUUUAUUAAAAUAUUGAAGUAGUUCAUAUUUCGUUCUUGUUACUUUUAUAUUGCAUUUAAGUGUAUUUUCGUGAAUAAAUAUUUAAAAAUA